AUUACACAAGUUUACAAAUUCGGGUCAACUUUUGGACCCGAGCAGAUGAGAACGAUUCUUAACGUUAUUUGGUGCCCUGAACUCAGAUCUUCAAUCCGUUUGUCAAGAUUGGUUCUAGUUUUCGAGUUCGCGGAUGGUAGCGGUACUGCGCUCUUAUAACAGCUAUCAGCUGACCACGUUGCAUCGAACAUCUUUCGGAACUUGUUUUUGUACUGUGAUUGUGCUUCGGAACGUGUGAAAAUGCAGAGAAGACGUUGCACAGUCGAUUCAAAGUGUUUUUGUUACGUUUGUGGAUGUUAUAUGCUCGGAAAACGUGGAAAAAUCAUGACAAAUGCGCUCAAAGAUGCGUAUUUGCAGUACUUUGGUUUUGCUGUAGUAAACACUGACAAGCCAUGGGUACCGAAAUUGUUUUGUAACGCGUGCAGAACAAAGCUGUACAAGUGGUCACUUGGUGAAAAUAUAUACUUUUCAUUUUCUGUGCCAACGUUAUGGAGAGAACAGAAAAAUCAUGUAGAUGAUUGCUACUUUUGCUCAAUGAAUGUCGUCGGUAUAAAUGCAAAGAAACUAGCACGGUAUGAAUAUCCGGACGUAUCAUCAGUGUCGAAGCCAGUUCCACGUACGGACAGUGAUCCAUUGCCAAUUUGUCCAGGUAUAAGCGCAAAAAAUGUCCUAAGAACUUUGUCUUCAUCACAGUCGAGCAAGGAAAGCGAUUUCGUUAUGGAAGAAAAGCAUUUACUUUCGCAAAGUGAACUGAGUGAUUUGAUUCGCGAUUUGAAUUUAUCGAAACAAAAAGCAGAGUUGCUUGCAUCACGGUUGCAGGAAUGGAAACAUCUUGACCCUACAACACAAGUCACUAUAUACAGAAAUAGAAAUCACGCGAUUUUACCUUUCUUCAAAAAAGAAAAUGACAUGUGUUUCUGCAAUGACAUCAAAGGUUUAUUUGAUGUGAUGAAUACAGCAUAUGAUCAAAAUGAAUGGCGUUUGUUCAUAGAUGGUUCUAAAUACAGUUUGAAGGCGGCUCUACUCCACAUUGGAAAUAAAAAACCAUCGAUUCCGAUUGCUCACGCAGUACAAACUAAGGAAUGCUAUGACACAAUGCGUACAAUUUUGGCCAAGAUCAAAUACAAUGAGCAUCAAUGGAAAAUUUGUGGCGAUCUAAAGGUUAUUGGUCUAUUGGUUGGGAUGCAAUCUGGAUUCACGAAAUUUUGCUGUUUUUUGUGUCUGUGGGACAGCCGUGCAGUUGAUCAUCAUUAUGUGAGAAAGGUGUGGCCGAGUCGUACCCAUUAUGAGCCAGGACAACAAAAUGUGUCCUCUAUACCACUUGAGAACCCACAGGACAUUUUAUUGCCACCUCUUCAUAUUAAACUUGGCCUUAUUAAGAACUUUGUCAAAGCGCUCAAUCGCGAAGGACCGGCUUUCCAGUACUUAAUCAAGUUGUUUCCAAAACUGUCAUACGCAAAAAUCAAAGAAGGAAUAUUUGUCGGACCUGAUAUUCGAAAAGUAAUGGCUGAUGCAAAGUUUACAAAAUGUUUAACGCCUGAUGAAGCAGCAGCAUGGGCAUCGUUUAAAAAUGUUGUUCACAACUUUCUCGGUAACCACAAAUCACCGGAUUACAAACAAGUAAUCGACAAUUUUUUGAAGAAUUACCACAAGAUUGGAGCUCGAAUGUCUCUCAAGAUACACUUUCUGCAUUCACAUCUUGAUUUUUUCCCACAAAACUUGGGCGAUACGAGCGACGAGCAAGGAGAGCGGCUACAUCAAGACAUAGCGAAAAUCGAAAGGCGAUACCAAGGAUUUUGGGACGAAGGCAUGAUGAGCGACUACUGUUGGACCCUAAAGCGUGAAACAGAUCCCAAGAAAUAUAAAAGACUCAGUUCAACCUCUGUUCAUUUCUGAUUUAUACUUUUCAAUUCAAUAAAUGGCCGUUAAUGGUCAAAAAUACUAAAAUAAUGAAUUUAUUGAAUAUUUCGAAAACUAGAACCAAUUUCAAACAACGGGCUGCUGAUUUGGAUUCAGCCCCCGAAUCUACCUUAUAAACAGCUUUUGAUUGCUCAGGUCCAAAACCGUGUAUACUUGUGUUAUUAGUCAUUCGGCGUGCGAAAAUAUGU